GAGCGAGGCGAUGUCUGUGAGGCAGGCGGCGGCGGCGGCAAGCUAUGCUGGACCUAGGAGGGACGAAGAGGCGUUGCUGCUUUUCGAGAGGGCCCAUUACCGGCACGACCCGCGCUGGCUGCUACCCGUGUCCCCGCGCCUCUGCCUGGCCUGCGCGCUGGAGCUGCUGCCGGAGCCCGGCGUGUCGUUGGUACGCAAGAAGCACGUGCUGUCCUGCUUCCGAGAUGCCCUGGUGAGGCACACCUCUCUGGUUACACAGCUGGUGGCUCAGGACCAGAGAGUCUGCAUCCAUUUUAUAAGCAUGCUUUUUGAUCCCCUGCUGGGCAUCCUCAACAGUUUCAAAGGAAUCAGCACAAAGCAUGUGAGUCACCAGGGAGAGAACGUCCUCCCGUCCCUGUGCCCGCUAGAGCUCACGGAACACUAUGCUCCACCAUGUCUUGGAAGGCCGUACCAGGACUUCCGGCAAUUGGGUCCCAGACCCUUGCUAGGAAUCUCCCAAGAUGUGAACCGGGAAAAGCUGGAGAGACGCAGAAACUCAUCCGAACAGCAAAUCUGCUCAGUUCUUAUACAGCUCACCACGCAACUAGAGCUGGAGCAGACUGUCCAUUGCCUGCUGGAUGAGUGCCACAAAGAGCUGUGCAACAUGCCCUCCAUGCGAGGUAGCCUGGCUACCCUGACCCUUCUUGGCAAGUUGGUGGAUGCCAUCCCUGCUUUGGCAGAUAAUCUUGUAAUGGAGCAUGGUAACCUGAUGGAGCAUCUGUUGAGAGGCUUAGUAUACCCCAAUGAGGGAGUGCAAGCUUCUGUCUGUUACCUUUAUGGGAAGAUAUACUCCUCACCAAUGGCAGCUGAAAUACUUUCGGGACAUUUCCGAGAGAAGCUUUGUCCCCUCUUCCUUCCCACCCUGGAUGGUGCCAAGACAAAGGAGCUACAGAUCAAUUGCUUGGGGUUGCUGAGGCAACUGUUGAAGUAUGACCUCUUUGUUUCCUUGAUCAUGAACAAGUCUGCACUGGCAGAAAAUGCUGACAGUAUUGAGGGGCCACCAGGAGAGACCUCACUGCCUUUGGUGCUCAAAAAGCUUCUCCUUUCUAGAGAUGAGACCCUGCAGGUGGCCAGUGCCCACUGUAUAACUGCAGUGCUGGUCCACUCCCCAGCGAAGCAUGCCCUGGCCUUCAUCCAUGCUGACAUCCCAGAGUUCCUCUUUGAGCAUCUUUCGUCUUCCAGCGAAGUGCUCAUCUGGUCCAGCUAUAACUGCCUGAUACUCCUGGCAGAAGAGCCAUGCUUUUUUUCCAAGUGUCACACGGUGUAUGGGAUCGAGGCAGUGGUAAGGAGCCUACAGGGAAUCCUGAAGAUGAACAACACAGAGCUGCACAAGCAGGGCCUGCUGCUCCUUGCUGAGAUCCUGACUCGGCAGCCGGAGGAGAUCAAGCUGUUCACAAGCUCAGCCAUGUGCAGAGAUGCUGGCCGUGUCCUCCAAGAAGCAGUUAGCAGCCCUGUGCUGGAGGUAGCUGCUGAGGCAGUGAAGGCCACUUCUGCUUUCCUGAGGAAGGACCAUCAGAGUGCUCCACCUGUGAGGUAUGGGGAACUACAGGCCUUGCUGGAAGCCAUGCUUGGCCGGUGUGUGGAGCUUUCCCAGACUCCGCUGAAGAGGAGGCCACUGGGCCAUGCCUCCAGUAGAGAUUUGGAGAAGGCCAUUCUUCAAAGGGGAAAAUUUAUCCUGAGAACUCUGGAGGGAUUUAGAAAUGCCUGCAGGUUGGCUGUGGAAUUCCAGAGUGAGCCAUCUGCCCAGGAGAAUCCAUUCACAGCUCCCAGUGCUGAGAAGAAAGAUACCUUGGAGGCCUUCUCAGAAUUUCUUCUCAGUGCCUGUGACUCCCUGUGUAUUCCCAUGGUGUUGAGGCACUUGGAGCAGACUACCAAUCCAGCUUUGAUGGAAGUUUUCCUCUCAAUUCUGCACAACCUCUUUGUCAUCGUUCCUCACAUGAAGGAGAAGUUCUCCAAGAAGCUCGCUGCCUCAUCCUUCAUUCAACUGACUCUGGAGCUGAAGGCCAGGUUCUGCAGGUAUGUAUGUCACUCAGCCCUAAACCAGAUAUGUUCCAAUUUCCUCUAUGACAUGUGCCUCAACCUUUUCUCAGCUCCAGAGAAGACAGGACCACCUUUCCAAGAAGAACUUUCUGCAGUAUCUGAGCUCCUGCAGUAUGCACUGCCCCAGAUAAGCACCAGUAGCUCUGAAAGCCUUGCCGUCCUGUCUGAUCGCCAGUAUGUGGAGAGAGCUGUUCGCCAGAGACAGUACUGCAUCCUGCUUCUUUUCUACCUGGCCUACAUUUAUGAAGACAGGUUUGUCUCAGAGGCAGAGUUAUCUGUGGCUGUCCAAAGCUUCCUCCUGUCUCUGCAGGAACAAGGCGAGCGCCCCCCAGUCUUGGUCUUCAGAGCUUCCAUCUAUCUGCUUGCAAUCUCCCAGGACAAAGAUAAUGCACUAGAUGAGGCUGUCGUCAGUGCAAUCAGAAAAUUCCUAGAGGGCAUCCCAGAGCUGCACCUAGUCUAUACCCACCACCCCCUCCUGCUCAGGUUCUUCCUGUUGUAUCCAGAACUAAUGAGUAGGUUUGGUCACCGUGUCCUGGAACUUUGGUUUUGCUGGGAAGAGAGCAGCUAUGAGGAACUGGAUGAUGUCCCACCUGCUGAGCAGCCCACCCUUCCUACCAGCUUAGCAGCCCUGUUCCAGAUGCUCAGAAGCAGCCCCAGUAUCCUGCUCAUUUUGCUGGAUCUUGUCUAUUCCAGCCCAGUGGAUACAGCUCGCAAGGUACUGAUCAUCCUGGGGAACUUCCUGAGAAGGAAUGGGGAUGUCAAAGUGGAUGGUCUCAUCCGAGGCCACUUUCUGCUGAUCCUGCAGCGUCUACUGGUAGAACAUGGGGCUUUUCCCCCAGGAGCCUCAGGGAACCUGCCGUUGCUGCUAAACCUCCUCUCCCUGGUGCAACUGAGGAAUGAGUCAGUGCAAGAACUGGAUAGCAUGGCCAUGAAGCUCCUUCACCAAGUAAGCACGCUGUGUGGCAAGUGCAGCCCCACUGAUGUGGAUAUCCUGCAGCCCUCCUUCAACUUCCUGUAUUGGAGCCUUCAUCAGACCGCAUCCAGCAGUCAGAAAAGAGCUGCUGCAGUGCUCCUGAGCAGCACGGCCCUGAUAGAGCUUCUGGAGAAGAUGCUGGCACUCACUUCAGCAGAGGCUGACUCUCCCAGGACCGCACUCCUCUGUUCUGCAUGGCUGCUCACUGCUUCCUUUUCUGCUCAGCAGCACAAUGGAAGUUUGCAGGUUCACCAGACACUAUCUGUGGAACUGGACCAAGUAUUGAAGGUCAUCAGCUUUCCAAAGAAACAGACGGCACUGCUCUCAGCUGCCAUCUUAUGCUUCCUGCGAACAGCCCUGCAACAAAACUUUUCCUCUGCCCUGGUGACCCUGGUGCCCUCAGGGGCCCAGGCACUGUCAGCCCCUGAGGACACUGUCCUAGCUCCACUGGGAACAUCACAAGUGCUGUCCUUGGUCAUUGGGCUGCAGAACCUCCUGGUGCAGAAGGACCCUUUGUUGUCCCAGGCCUGUGUUGGCUGCCUGGAGGCCUUGCUUGACUACCUGCAUGCCCGGAGACCAGACAUUGCACUCCAUGUGGCCUCCCAGCCCUGGAAUCGGUUUUUGCUGUUUACCCUCUUGGAUGCCAGAGAGAAUUCCUUCCUUAGACCUGAGAUCUUAAGGCUCAUGACCCUGUUUGUGCGGUACCGGAGCAUCAGCAUCCUCUCUCAUGAAGAGGUGGGUCAUGUUCUGCAAGGUGCAGCUUUGGCUGACCUAUCUAUCCUGUCAAACACCACACUCCAGGCUCUGCGUGGCUUCUUCCUUCAGGUCCAGAGCAUGGGCCUCUUGGAUGACCACAGCAUGAUCCGGAAUCUGCAGGCCUCCUUGGAGGGCCUUCCCCCUAGUGCCUUCUCAGGCCAGCCGCUGCUACAGGACAUGUUCUGCCUGGAAGGGGUGGCUGUAUCUCUGUCCCAUAUCAGAGACUGACGGUCAGGACUUGAAGGCCCAGAAAUGGAGAAAGAAAUGAGACCUGGAGACAAAGUUAGAGCAUAUUAUUGGGGAAAUGGAUUACAACUGAAGCCAUUCAUCUGGAGCCAUUUACUCCAUUGUUGAAAUGGAAUCAGGAAAUAAAAUGAUACACUCACA